AGCAGCUGCAAGUGGACGCAAUCUUGCUAAGGGAAGGAUAACACAAGCUGCAGGAAGCAUAAUGAGAGACGCGGUAACCCUGGUGCUGGGGGUGAUCUUCUUCGAACAGGUGCUGGGGGAGUAUGGGAUGGCACAUGUCAGCGACCAGGGGAAGAACAAGGGGAAGGAUUACUGCAUUCUCUUCAACUCCCAGUGGGCUCACCUACCUCAGGAUCUCGGCAAAGCGUCCCGGCUCCAGAUCCAUGACCUGACUGCAUCAGUUCUUUGCUCCCCUUCUGAGGUCCCCGCGGGCGGGUUCACGAACCGCAUUCCCAUGGUGCUACGCGGAAACUGCACUUUCUAUGAGAAAGUGAGGCUCGCGCAGAUCAAUGGGGCCAAGGGGCUACUCAUCGUGAGCAGAGAUAGACUGACCCCCCCUGCAGGAAACAGGAGUCAGUAUGAGGAGAUCGACAUCCCAGUUGCCCUGCUGAGCUACACAGACAUGCUGGACAUCAGCAAGACCUUCAGAAAGGGGAGAGAUGUAGCUAUGUACGCGCCACAUGAACCGGUCCUUGACUACAACAUGGUCAUCAUUUUCCUGAUGGCGGUUGGGACCGUGGCUGUCGGGGGAUACUGGGCUGGGAGCCGGGACAUCAAGAAGAGAUACAUGAAGCACAAGAGGGACGAUGGAGCAGAGACACAGGAUGAGGAAACGGUCAACGUGACGCCCAUCAUGAUCUGCGUGUUUGUUGUCAUGUGCUGUUCCAUGCUGGUACUGCUGUACUUCUUUUACGAUCACCUCGUGUACAUGAUCAUCGGAAUAUUCUGCCUGGCGGCAUCUAUAGGACUCUACAGCUGCUUGUCUCCCUUUGUACGAAGAAUCCCUUUUGGAAAAUGCAGAAUCCCAGAAAAUAACCUGCCUUACUGCCACAAGCGGCCACAGGUGCGAAUGCUGUUGCUGUCUGUGUUCUGCGUGACGGUCAGUGUCAUCUGGGGAGUCUUCCGAAAUGAGGAUCAAUGGGCUUGGGUGUUGCAGGACACGCUGGGAAUCGCAUUCUGCCUCUACAUGCUAAAGACAAUCAGGCUGCCCACUUUCAAGGCCUGCACGUUACUGCUGGUCGUCCUGUUUGUGUAUGAUGUUUUCUUUGUGUUUGUUACUCCAUUCCUCACAAAGAGUGGGGAGAGUGUCAUGGUGGAAGUGGCCGCUGGUCCCUCAGAUUCAUCCACCCAUGAAAAGCUCCCGAUGGUGCUAAAGGUCCCUCGUCUGAACUUUUCUCCGUUGGCCUUGUGUGAUCGUCCCUUCUCUCUGUUGGGUUUUGGGGACAUCCUGGUACCAGGCCUGCUGGUUGCCUAUUGUCACAGGUUUGACAUCCAGGUGCAGUCGUCGCAGGUCUACUUUGUUGCCUGUACAGUAGCAUAUGGAAUUGGCUUGCUCAUCACUUUCGUUGCUCUAGCCCUAAUGCAGAUGGGGCAGCCAGCCCUGCUAUACCUGGUGCCCUGCACUCUCCUCACCAGUCUAGGGGUGGCGCUGUGGCGCAGGGAGCUGGCCAUGUUCUGGACUGGCAGUGGCUUUGUGAAAGAGAUGCCCCAGCCCCCACUCGUCAUGACACCAAUCAACUGCACACAGUCAUCUGACCCGCCAAUCAAGGAACAGCUGGCCAGUCCUGCGCUGCAAGCUGCUGAAGAAGCCACCAAUCGGAGCGAAGAAAAGUCUCCCGGGGAGACGAAGAACCAAUCAGAUUAGUGGAAGAUGAAUCAGGAUGCCCCCCUUUUUUUUAAAUUUUAUUUUUGUCUUCUCUUUAUUUUUGUAUACAACUUUGGUUCAGGUAAAGGACUUGUCUGGUUGUUAGCAGUACCAUGGGGUGUAAUCAUGAGAACUCUGCACUUGUGUUAGAAAGAAGAGAGGGAGGUAUGGAAGGGAACCCAACUGAAUCACUGAAAUCUCCAUUAAAAUCAUUAAUCUGUAAGCUAUUUCAGCUGGAAGGCUUGGGCAUUAACACUAAAUGAAGCACAUGCUUUUUUAGAAAAAAAAAGCACAAGGCCAUUCCAAAUCAACUGUGUGUUGGAACACAGACACCAUUUCAAGCUUGCUUUCCCAUUGGCAUGGAUAUUAAUAAACAUAAGGCACACUAAUGAGCAUGGCGUAGGAAAUAAAUUGACGUUUAGGUGGUGCUAAAUAGAAAUCUUGCUAGAACCAAAGGGGGUGUGAAUGGGUUUAAAAAUUGUUUGCGUGGCUCAAGCGACAGAGAGGGUGGAAGGGAUUGACUUUGAGCUCAGUGAAGAUAGUGUGUUAACUUCCAAGAAAGAUGGGAUCAACAGCUGACAUGCCAGACUUCUGGCAAAGCAGAGGGGCUUGGCACACAGUAAAUGAAUGCCCUCCAGAGAUGAGGUUCAGGUUAUGUCCUAGCUAAUGUUUCGGUGAUGACAUUGAGAGGCGGCUGCACAACUCUAUGAAGCAUGUGGUGCAGCUGUAUAUAUUUACGUUCUGCUUGUAAACAAGUGCUUUGAUCAGCAUCCAGGUGAUCCUUGGUUUCAUUGCAGUUGUAAUCUGUACUGCAACCUACCUUUAGACAUCAGUGCCAGCUCUGGAAUAUGUUGCCAUUUUCAGUUGUACAAAAGGAAUAUGAAUCUUGGUAGACAGGGGUUCUGGCUGCCAUCAUCAAAACUACCUGCACCAAUUGUAAACCAGCGUGUAGAAAAAUGUCCAGGCUCCUGAGAUUGAAUACAGCUAGUUCUGAAUGUCUAUACUACUGUGCAGUGUACAGAAUUCAGACAGAUUUAGAUUACAUAUUUGUUGUUGUGCAGGCUACGAGUUAGAUGUUAACAGUCAUACAAGAACAGAGCCAUCAAGACUUUUUUUUUUUUUUUUUUUUUUAGGUCAGCAACUGUUUUGUUGAUCCUUAAGCAGAAUAUUCUUUACUGUGACAGCUGCUACUGCACUGUGCCUUCCAAGUGAACUAGCCUGUAGGUGACACAAACUAAGGCUGGUUUCUCCUUACGAUACAAUUCAUGUAAUAACUCUGCUUACCCAGUGCCAUGUCCAUUACCUGCACGGAAACAGGGUGUUUACCCCAUUUCUGCCUUGACGUUAGUACGUGAAACUGACUUGCAAGUGUUCACUUAACACCAGUCUAAUGGGUAUCUGGUGAUAGAAUCAGAAAUCCAGAAGCCUUGUCCUUGGAAUAAGAAGCUUGUCUUGUGUUAGGAUUGACCCCAGGGACAUGAGGCACUUUCUGGUACUGCUGCAGUUAUAAGUAAAACAGAGAGGGAGACGGCUGAGUUUUUAUACCUCAAACGAGGACUGAGUAAAAUAAACAAAUAAAUAAA